AUGGAAGGAAAAGAUAUUAUCUUUGUUCUUGGUGGACCAGGCUCUGGCAAGGGAACACAAGCUACAAGAAUUGCCAAAGAGUAUGAUAUUGGAUACCUUUCUGCAGGCGAUCUUCUUAGAAUGGCAGCAAAAAUUGCCUCAGAUCCACCAGCAGGUUUUGAUCCACAGCUUCUUGCUGAAUAUAAGGAGAUCGACAGGAUCAUCAAAGAGGGUGCCUUAGUUCCAGGCCACGUUACAAUCAAGCUUCUCCGCGAUGCUAUGGUUGCCGGACCUCAAAAGCACUGGUUUAUUGAUGGCUUCCCACGUGAGCUUUGCCAGGAGGCCGAGUUCGUCCAGAAGUGCAAGCCAGCAACCGCUUUGCUCUUCAUCGACGUCCCAGAUGAGGAACUCAAGAAGCGUCUUCUCAACCGCGGCUUAUCAUCAGGCCGUAUUGAUGACAAUGAAGAAUCAAUCAAGAAGCGCUUAGUUACAUACCAUAAUCAGACUGAAGCAGUUAUCGGAAAAUUCCGCUCUGAAAACAAGAUCAUUUCCGUUGAUGGAAACCAUCCGAUCGAUGCUGUCCAUGAUGAUAUCGUCGUACAACUCAAGAAACUUUGGACAGAUUUGGAAAAAAAGAAUUGA